GACUAUAAAAGAAGGCAAUUUAUUUGAAAGCCAUUCAAACAGCGUCCAUCAGCCCCACAAGAUGUACAAAGUUGCUUGCCUGGCUCUAGCCCUGUUCGCAGUGGUCUACGCUCUUCCCUCCACACCUGACACCGAGCAAGUGUGGGUGGCUGGAAACCUGUCCUACGCGAUUCCCAGCAAUGCCCUCGUUGGAGGCUACGAUGCUAGCGGCUUCCUCACCUAUGUGGGCCGUGUCAAGGCUGGCAAUGACAUCCUGCCCGCCCGUGUGAUUGUGGAAACUGGAACUGCCUACUAUAACACUGAAACCGCCUCAGGAAAACUACUGAUCUACGAUUUCCUGGUGGCCGAGCGUAAUGUGAACUACGUUUGGGUGAGGAGCUACGAUGGAUUCUAUGAGAAGAAUGCUGUAUCCGCCGGCACUACGGUCAAGAAUGAGAGGGUGUACUUCUGCCGUGCUAGGUCCGAUGGAGGAUUAUUCAUCGGAACCCUCCUCCUGCCCCAGAAGGUGUGCAUCAUCAAGCACGACACCUUGUCGCUGCGCAAGUUCGACAAAUAUGAAGUCCUGGUGGCACAGCCCAAGGGAAAUGGAACUGUUUAUUAGAUUCAGAUAGUUUAAAAAAAUGAAAAAUAAAAUGAUUAAUUUAUUGGAAAUUUAAA